AUGGCUGAACUGAGCGAACAAGUGCAAAAUCUAAGCAUUAACGACAACAACGAAAAUGGUUACGUUCCUCCUCACUUAAGAGGAAAACCAAGAAGUGCCAGAAACAACAGCAGCAACUAUAAUAACAACAAUGGCGGCGGCUACAAUGGUGGCCGUGGCGGUGGUAGUUUCUUUAGCAACAACCGUCGUGGUGGUGGUUACGGCAACGGUGGUUUCUUCGGUGGAAACAACGGUGGCAGCAGAUCUAACGGCCGUUCUGGUGGUAGAUGGGUCGAUGGCAAACAUGUUCCAGCCCCAAGAAACGAAAAGGCCGAGAUCGCCCUAUUUGGUGUUCCCGAAGAUCCAAAUUUCCAAUCCUCUGGUAUCAACUUCGACAACUAUGACGAUAUUCCAGUGGACGCCUCUGGUAAGGAUGUUCCUGAACCAAUCACAGAAUUUACCUCUCCUCCAUUGGAAGGAUUGUUAUUAGAAAAUAUCAAAUUGGCCCGCUUCACCAAGCCAACCCCCGUGCAAAAAUAUUCCGUCCCUAUUGUUGCCAACGGUAGAGAUUUGAUGGCUUGUGCACAAACUGGUUCCGGUAAGACUGGUGGGUUCUUAUUCCCAGUCUUGUCCGAAUCUUUCAAAACCGGACCAUCUCCUCAACCAGAGUCUCAAGGCUCCUUUUACCAAAGAAAAGCCUAUCCUACUGCUGUCAUUAUGGCUCCAACUAGAGAGUUGGCUACCCAAAUUUUUGAUGAAGCCAAGAAGUUUACUUACAGAUCCUGGGUUAAAGCCUGCGUCGUCUAUGGUGGUUCUCCAAUCGGUAACCAACUAAGAGAAAUUGAGCGUGGUUGCGAUCUUUUGGUCGCUACUCCAGGUCGUUUGAACGACUUGUUGGAACGUGGUAAGAUCUCUUUGGCCAACGUCAAGUAUUUGGUUCUAGAUGAAGCUGAUAGAAUGUUGGAUAUGGGUUUUGAACCUCAAAUUAGACACAUUGUCGAAGACUGUGAUAUGACUCCUGUCGGUGAAAGACAAACCCUGAUGUUCUCAGCUACUUUCCCCGCUGAUAUCCAACAUUUGGCCCGUGAUUUCUUAAGUGACUAUAUCUUUUUGUCUGUUGGUAGAGUUGGUUCUACUUCAGAAAACAUUACCCAAAAGGUCUUAUAUGUCGAAAAUCAAGAUAAAAAAUCAGCUCUAUUGGAUCUAUUGUCUGCCUCUACAGACGGUUUGACUUUGAUCUUUGUCGAAACUAAGAGAAUGGCCGAUCAAUUGACCGAUUUCUUGAUCAUGCAAAACUUUAGAGCUACCGCUAUUCAUGGUGACCGUACCCAAUCUGAAAGAGAACGUGCCUUGGCCGCUUUCAGGUCUGGUGCGGCUUCUCUAUUAGUUGCCACAGCUGUUGCAGCUAGAGGUCUAGAUAUUCCAAAUGUCACUCAUGUUAUCAAUUACGAUCUACCAAGUGAUGUCGAUGAUUACGUCCAUAGAAUUGGUAGAACUGGUCGUGCCGGUAACACCGGUCUUGCCACUGCCUUUUUCAAUAGUGAAAACAGUAACAUUGUCAAAGGUUUGCAUGAAAUCUUGACCGAAGCUAACCAAGAAGUCCCAUCAUUCUUAAAAGAUGCUAUGAUGAGCGCUCCAGGUAGCAGAAGCAACAGUCGUAGAGGUGGUUUCGGUCGUAACAACAACAGAGAUUAUCGUAAGGCCGGAGGCGCUAGCGCAGGCGGCUGGGGCGCCUCAAGAAGCAGAGAUAGCUCUUUCAGAGGUGGUAGUGGCUGGGGUAGCGAUUCCAAGUCUUCUGGCUGGGGUAACAGCGGUGGUUCAAACAACUCUUCUUGGUGGUGA